AUGGACUUGCCCAAUCCUGAUGAAGCAACACCAACAGUCGACUGGACGGAUGAACCAACAUUUACACUCGGCUUGCAAGAUGAAACAGAACUCGACUUGGAGGAUGAACCAACACCAACACUCAACUUGGAGGACUUUUACGGCUACAACAGCAUGAUGGAGUAUCUGAGAAACCUGAGCCAGACCUACUGUUGCACAGUGACCCGCCAGUCGCUGACCACCACCUACGAGAACCGAUCCGUUGAGCUCGUGAAGAUCUCGGACGGGCAGGGGACGUCGGAAAAGAAGGUCAUCCUGCUGGAUGCGGGUACCCACGGCAACGAAUGGAUAACCACCACAGUGGCCCUGAAGAUUGUACACGAGCUGGUGGUGAAUCAGGAUGCGCAUGCCAGACUCCUAGAGUCCUGUGACUGGUACGUACUGCCCAUGGUCAAUCCGGAUGGCUACACGUACUCGCUGGAGCAGAAACUCAAGCUCUGGCAGAAGAACCGCUCCCCGCACGGGGGCCAGUACGGAACCAAUCUGAAUCGCAACUAUGACACGCACUGGAACUUGACGGAAGAUGCCCCAACACACAGCCAAUACUAUCCAGGGAGCUCCGCAUUCUCCGAGUUGGAAACCUUGGCAGUCGGUGGUCUCAUGCGAGAUCUGGUGGAGACGAAACGCGAGUUCCUCUACAUAACUCUGCACACAGAGAACAAGUCGAUCUUCUAUCCUUCGGUGUUCGAUACGAAGACAGGCAAGACGGAUGGGCUCCUCCAUGCUAUAGCUCAAUUGGCCAGUGGCGCAAUAUUCGAAAAGACGAGGUCGGUGUACGUCCCCAGCCUGGCCUAUGGAUACGACGGUGUUGGCGGCACCAGCCUGGACUACGCCUACGAAGUCGGCAUCCCAUUGCUAUUUGCCUUUGAGAUGCCCGAGAUGAGGGCGGAGGCUGAAAGCAAAACCACCUUCAUCACCCAUCAGGCCAUGGAGGGUUGGGAGGGAGUCAGGCAUCUGGCGUUGGGGGCGCUCGAAAUGUAUAGCCCCAGUAAAAGCAGUUCCAACACCACCAGUCCACCAUCUGAUGGCUCGAAACACGCCAAUUCGACCUGUGCCCCAGCCACGAAUGAUGCCCCAUCUGUAGAUGGGAGCUUUGGUCUUCCCGCAGCCACUUUCAGUGCGCUUCUGGCAUAUCUGGCCUUGGCAGUGAUGUAG